AUGGCGAUCUCACCGAUGCUAUUCAUAAUUGGUUUGAUUUGCAUCGCAGGCAGUGGUUUUCUUUUUCCGGCGACGGAGGCGAUAUGGUUAACGGUUCCAUCUUCGGGAGAGAAAUGCGUCACCGAAGAGAUCCAAACCAACGUGGUGGUCGUCGCCGAUUAUCUUUGCAUCGACCAGGAUAAUGUUGGACUUGGUCCCACCUUGGAUAUUCGGGUAACAUCUCCGUACGGGAAUGAACUAUACAAGAAAGCAAACGUGACGUACGGUCAGUUUGCGUUCACAACGAGCGAGAGCGGAACAUACAUAGCUUGUUUAUCCAUGCAUCACGAUCAGUCACAUUACACAUCCAAUAGCUCCGUUAUCAUCAGUCUUGACUGGAAGAUCGGUAUCAGAGCCAAGGAUUGGGAUUCUGUUGCUAAGAAAGAAAAGAUCGAGGGUGUGGAGCUUGACCUUCGAAGAUCUGAAGCAGUAGUGAAUGGUAUUAAGGCCAAUAUGCUCCAUCUAAAAUUAAAGGAAGCACAUGCGAGGGAUAUAAGCGAGAAGGCUAACAAGAGGGUUGAGCAGCUGAGCUUUGCGUCUUUAGGACUUUCCCUUGUCGUUUCAGUUUUUCAAGUUUUGUAUCUCAAACGCUUCUUCCUAAAAAAGAAGCUUAUCUAA